AUGAAGCUCACCGGUUUUGCUCUCGCUGGUUUCCUCGGCGCUGCUGUCGCCCUCCCUCAGCCUCAGGUCUUUGGAGGUGCCCCUGGUCCCGUCGAGCUGUCGAGCUCUGCCACUCCCUCCUCUUCGGCUGUUCCUACCAGUUCUGCCGUCGUCUUCAAGCGCCAGUUCGGCAGCUCCUCUUCGGCCACUCCCAGCAGCACCUCCGCCAUCUACAAGCGCCAGUUCGGCAGCUCUUCGGCCACCCCCAGCAGCACCUCCGCCAUCUACAAGCGUCAGGUUGACAGCUACCCAUCCUCUUCCACCCCCAUCGCUACCAGCUCUGCCAUCUACAAGCGCGAGGACCCUCUCUUCCCUCCCCCUCCUCCUUACAACUUCCACCCUACUCCUUCCUCGAGUGCCACUCCUUCCUCCAGCGCUACUCCCUCUUCGAGCGCUACUCCUUCCAGCUCUCCUUCUUUCUUUGAGAAGCGCCAGUACGGUUCCAUCUACGUCCCCUCGUCGAGCGCCACUCCCUCGUCGAGCGCUACUCCUACUCCUAGCGCCUCUGCUCUCUUCGAGAAGCGCCAGUUCGGCUGGCCCACUCCCUCCAGCUCGCCGGUCAGCAGCACCCCCACCAGCUCGAGCUCCGUCGCCGUCUCUACUCCUCUUUUCUAA